UCGUCCUCAUCACAACCAACGUCAUCCAAAACAAAUUUGUACUCCUUCAGGUAGCGACACCCAUCUUCAAGAGUAUACCCAGAAGGAUCAACGAGUCCAACCGCAUCUCUGCACGGCUCACUCAGAUUCUGAAUCGUCUGAUUCAUCUCCUGCA